UCCACUCCACAAUGCUUUACAGCUCUCUUUGAGCAGUUUACAAAGUCAGCAUAUGGUCUCCAGCAAUCUGGGUCCUCAUUUUACCCACCUUAGAAGGAUGAAAGCUGAAUCAACCAUGACCCUGUCAGAGUGAAACUUCUGGCUGUGGGCAAUUAGCCUAUAGUACUGCAUUCUAAUCACUGAUCCACCACGUUUCUAUAGAUUUUGAUAUUUAUGCAUAUUGUGCCUUUCAGAUCCAAACGAGACAAGGUAGAAUCCAACAAAAUGAAAUUUAAUGUGGAGAAAAAUAAGCUUUUACAGCUGGGCAGGAAAAACAGAUUACCUGAAACCUGGCUGGAUAAUAGUAACUGUGAAGGGUCCUUGGAGUUGGAAUGGAUGAUCAAUUAAGCAUGAAUUACCUGUGUGCGGCAGCAGCCAAAACGAACACAAUCCUUGGUUGUAUAAACAGAGGCAUAGAAUCAAAAUCACAUGAAGUAUUAUUACCGCUCUAUAAAGCCUUAGUAAGACCACACUCGGAAUACCGCAUCCUCUUUGGGUCAUCAUAUUACAAAAAAGAUGUUGAAACUUUGGAAAAAGAGCAAAGAAGAGCAGCUAAGCUGAUUAAAGGCCGGAAGACUAAAACAAGAACUGUUAUAGGAACUGGGCAUGGCUAGUCUAGUGAAGAGAAGGACCAGGGGAGACAGGAUAGCAGUGUUCCAAUAUUUGAGGGGCUGCCACAGAGAGGGUGGGGUCCUAGGCACCUGAAGGCCAGACAAGGAAUAAUGGAUGGAAACUUAUCAAGGAACGAUUCUGACAGAACAAUCAACCAAUGGAAGAGCUUGCCUUCGAAAGUUGUGGGCGCUUCAUUGCUGGUGGCUUUGAAGAAGAGAUUGGACUGCCAUUUGUCAGAAAUGGUGUAGGGUCUCCUGCUUGGGCGGGAGGUUGGACUAGAAUAGCUCCAAGUUCCCUUCCAGCUCUAUUCUGAUUUUGAUUUUGAAUCCUCAAUCCAUUCUGGUGCUUUUUUGCUAAGUAGGAGGUUUUAAAAGAAAGAUGAGUAUCAAUGGAGAUUAAGGUUAUCGUUUGCCCUCAAAGUGAUGUGUGGAUGCCAAUAUUUAAGUGGUACAUUUCCAGUAACUCCCUCUGAUGAGUAUUUUAUUUUAUUUUAUUAAAUUUCUAUACCGCCCUUCUCCCGAAGGACUCAGGGCGGUGAAAAGCCACAAAAUAAAACACAUAAGUACAAAAAUUUAAAAUAGAAUAAAAUGAAUUAAAUAAUUUGGCUGACACAAAUUUAAAAUACCCAAUAUUUUAAAAACAAAUUAAAAUUUGCAUUUAAAAAGGGGAGAAGAUUUAGGCCAGGCUGGCUUGCUGAAAUAAGAAAGUCUUGAGCGCGCGACGGAAGGUGCGCAGAUCCGGGAUCCUCCGUAUCUCUGGGGGGAGCUCGUUCCAGAUCAUAGGUGCCCCCACAGAGAAGGCUCUCCCCCUAGGGGCUGACAGUCGACAUUGUUUGGCCGACGGCACCCGGAGGAGCCCCUCUCUAUGGGAGCGUACUGGUCGGUGGGAGUAUAUCCACUAGAGCAGAGUUGCAGGCAGAAAUGCAAUUAGUCCUGAAUCCCUUACUAUUGUUUCAGCUUUUCUUCCUUUGCUUACUAUUGUCACAGUCUGCCUUUCCACCGUUUCACUUUAUGCAAGUAAUAACAGAGAAAGAAAACCAUAAGGAAAAGGGGAUUAUAGUGAUGCUGAAUUAGAAAAUGCAACUCAUAGGCUCUUCCUCUUACGUAGGAAAUACGUAAGAUCUCCGACCUCCGGGUGUUUCGCUGCGCACUGAAGACCCUGUUUUUCCGCCAGGCAGGGCUAUCAACAUAAUAAUUUUAAAUUGGGGUAUUUUAAAUUUUGGGGUUUUAAAUCGGCCAAAUCUAUUUAAUUAUUUUAAUUUUUAAUCAUUGUUGUGUCCUGUGUUUUUAAAUUGGCUGUACACCGCCCUGAGUCCUUCGGGAGAAAGGCGGUAUAGAAAUAAAAUGAUGAUGAUGAUGAUGAUGAUGAUGAUGAUGAUUAUACUAAUUUUGUGGUGAUCUUUCCUUGCCUUCCCUCGUGUUGCCCAUCUCUGGACUCACACAAUCUUAUCAAUACCUUUUUUAAAGUGAAGUCUCCAGAACUGGACACAGUAUUCCAAAUGGAGUCUCACUAAAGCCCUAUGUAGAGAGAUAGGAGCUCCUUUUUGCUGAGGGUGAUACAUCUGGUGAUGCAUCUCAGAAUUUUGUUUGCCUUCCCAGCUGCCUGGCCACACUGCUUACUUAUGUUGUAGUUAUCAUUGUUUCAGUGCCAUGGCAACUACUUUCACAGAGUUGUGUAAAAGAAGGGAAGAGAAAGCAGUGGUAGGGAUAUGUGGACGCAUAUUAAGUUCACAUUUCUUGAGGUGAAUUUCCUACUCAAUCCCUAUGUAAAAAUGGUUUUUCCUCAUCAUAGUUUAGCUUUCUUUUCCUUUUUCGGGAUCUUCCUUUUUCUUUCAUCAGAAGAGACCGGAGGGGUCCCUGCCCUUUCUCCUCCCCCCUUUGUUAUGAGGCUGAGGGAAAAGUUUGGGAAGGGCAGCUGCAUGUAUUGAAUUAAAGAAAUAAAAAUAAAUAAAUUAAAAUCAACUUCCUGAUUGUGGCCUUCCUGCCUGUGUCCCAUCUGCCUCCCCUUCAGGAGGGAGUUCUCAAUAACCGCAAGACACCAGCUGUCUUUCCCACAGAGGCUCCUGGUCCUCCUCUUCUGACCGCCCGGCUGUUUCUGACAGGAUUUGGACCAGGGGUGAAAUGCUCCUGGGUCAGACAGGAUUGCCCAAUCCAGUAGUUAGGGCAGUGGGUGGUUUGGGAAACUGGUAGCAAAAAUCCUGCCUCCCUCCAUGCCCAGCUGAGCCACCUGAUCACCAGAGGCUUUUUUUUUAAAGCAUUUUUUCUACAACCUGUUCUGUCAAAGAAAUGCUUUUAAAAGUUUUUUUUAAAAAAAACCCUCUGAUGAUCAUGUGGCUCAGCUGGCAUCAUCAGCGGCUUUUAAAAUCAUUUUUUUUACAGCCUCUUUAGCGGAAGAGGUAGAAAAAAUGCUUUUAAAAAUUUUGGAAAAAAAAGUUGGCCGCGCCCAUUCAGUCACAUUACCCCCUCCCCCCACCAAGCCACGCCCACAGAACUGGCAGUAACAAAUUUUACAUUUCACCCCUGAUUUGGACCCUUUGGAGGCCUCCCACAAUCUCUGCGGAGCCUUCAGGGCGGCUGUUCUUGAGGGAAGUGAUUUUAAAUCCUCCAGAGAGAUUUUUCUCCAUCUCCACAGAUGAUUCCUGGACAGGAAAGGAGAGGAAGAUGGAGAAAAUGCUGCCUCUGAAAAGCACAAAGCUUUUCUUGGGCUGGCAGGCAUUGAGAGGGGCCUUUCCUCCUACUCUCAAGCCCAUCAUCCCUGCCCUCUCCCUUCCCCUCAGACGCGCUCCUCUUUCCCGCCCUUUCUGCAAUCCUGGCACUUUGCGCCAAAUCCCCCAGAGGGCGCCCUCCACCAAUAGAAGGGGACUCCCGGUGCUUUUCCAUUGGUCCACUGGAGGGUGAAUGUCACAGCCGUCUUUGUAGAGGAGGCCGGGAAGGAAGUGACAUCAUGAAAGCUUGCCGCUCUAGGAUGGUGCUCUCGCUCUCCUUAACAUCCGCAGGAGGCGGAGAGGCUGGCGGGGGAAGAUCCAUAUGUGCCCCCGAUACAGAAACUGGAAGCCAUUUGAAAUCUUUGCAAGCCAAAAUUUUCUCUUGGGGAAAAGAAAAAGAGCGGAAUCCCUUGGGGGGAUCAGUCCUGCAGCCCCAGAAAUGGUCCCGUGAAGGAAAAGGCAUCUGGAGACCCACCAGAGUCCUUGGAGCCAUUUGCAGUUGCUCUGCAGGACAGAGAAAGGAUGGAGACACAACCUUUUGGAAAGGAGAGAAGCGGAAAAGGCCCUUCAGCUGCUCAGCCUGGGAAGGGGGGAAAGCUCUGGACAAGGACUGGACAGGAGAUCCUGGAGGAGGAAACCCUCCUCCCUUCAGAAGUUCAGCCCUGGAACUUCAUCCAAUGGCAGGAGCUUGAGGGUCCCCGAGGAUUUUGCAGCCACCUCCAUGACUUUUGUAGGCGAUGGCUGAGAUCAGAAAAGCACACCAAAGCAAAGAUGCUGGACCUGGUUGUUCUGGAGCAGUUCCUGGCUCUUCUGCCCCCAGAGAUGGAGAGCUGGGUGCGAGAAUAUGGAGUGGAGACCAGUUCCCAGGCGGUGGCUCUGGUGGAAGGCUUCCUCCUGAGCCAAGUGGAGGAGCAGAAGGAGCAGGUUGAGUUACAGUGCUGCACUGUGGAGAUCAGAGAUCCUGAGGGAAAGAAGAACCCAUCAAAUCCCCCUCAUGAGCUAUUUUUCAGGAGGAUCCCUUGGGAGGAUCAAAGUCAGGACACUUCAGGAGAGAAACAAAGAAUGAAAUUUUCUGGUUUUUAUGACGGUGAUAAAACAGCGGUUGAACCCCUAAAUCAGGAGAGUCUUGUGUCCUUCGAGGAGGUGGCUGUGUAUUUCUCUGAGGAGGAAUGGUCUCAGCUGGAUCCUGACCAAAAAGCUCUGCAUUCGGAAGUCAUGCUUGAAAACUAUAGGAACGUGGUCUCUCUCGGUAAUGAUGGUCAGGAGAAUCAAGAUUUUUGUGAAUUGUUCCAAGUAAUCAAUGCUAAAGAUGGAACGGAGAAGUUUGGAAUUCGAAUGGAACAAAAAACCCAUGAUAGAAACCAGUCAAAUGAUUGGAAUCAGGAAAGCUCAUCUUCCACCGAUGCUCCGAUACAAGACUUUCUUGCCCAACAGGAGAAAAUAAGGAAAAAAUAUAUUGGGGAAAGAGUGAAGCCAAUCAAAGCUAAAUUACUUACAAGGAUUCACAUUAAGGACAAGCUAUACAAAUGCAGAGAGUCUGCUAACAGGUUCGGAAGACGUAGUAAUCUUAUUUCCCCUAAAAGGAUCAACACAGGGGAAAAGCCAUAUAAAUGCAUGGAGUGUGAAAAGACCUUUGCUCAUAGAUGUGUCCUAAGAGCACAUGAAAGGCUCCACACUGGGGAGAAACCAUAUAAAUGCAUGGAAUGUGGAAAGGCCUUUGCUCAAAGAGGUCAUCUUAUUUCCCAUAAGAGGAUCCACACAGGGGAGAAACCGUAUAAAUGCAUGGAAAGUGGAAAGACAUUUGCUCAAAGAGAUCCUCUUAUUUCCCAUAAGAGGAUCCACACAGGAGAAAAGCCAUUUGAAUGCAUGGAGUGUGGAAAGACCUUUGCUCAGAGCAGUGUCCUAAGAGUACACGAAAGGCUGCACACUGGGGAGAAACUGUAUCAAUGCAUGGAAUGUGGAAAGACCUUUGCUUCUAGUAAUGGACUUACUAUUCACAAAAUGAUCCACACAGGGGAGAAACCAUAUAAAUGCAUGGAAUGUGGAAAGGCCUUUGCUCAAAGAGGUCAUCUUAUUCGCCAUAAGAGGAUCCACACAGGGGAGAAGCCGUAUAAAUGCAUGGAGUGUGAAAAGACCUUUGCUCACAGAUGUGUCCUAAGAGCACAUGAAAGGCUCCACACUGGGGAGAAACCAUAUAAAUGCAUGGAAUGUGGAAAGGCCUUUGCUCAAAGAGGUCAUCUUAUUUCCCAUAAAAGGAUCCACACAGGGGAGAAACCGUAUAAAUGCAUGGAAAGUGGAAAGACAUUUGCUCAAAGAGAUCCUCUUAUUUCUCAUAAGAGGAUCCACACAGGAGAAAAGCCAUUUGAAUGCAUGGAGUGUGGAAAGACCUUUGCUCAGAGCAGUGUCCUAAGAGUACACGAAAGGCUGCACACUGGGGAGAAACUGUAUCAAUGCAUGGAAUGUGGAAAGACCUUUGCUUCUAGUAAUGGACUUACUAUUCACAAAAUGAUCCACACAGGGGAGAAACCAUAUAAAUGCAUGGAAUGUGGAAAGGCCUUUGCUCAAAGAGGUCAUCUUAUUCGCCAUAAGAGGAUCCACACAGGGGAGAAGCCAUAUAAAUGUAUGGAGUGUGAAAAGACCUUUACAAAUAGUAAUGGACUUAAUCUUCACAAAAUGAUCCACACAGGGGAGAAACCGUAUAAAUGCUUGGAAUGUGGAAAAACCUUUGCUCAAAGGGGUAGUCUUAUUUCCCAUAAGAGGAUCCACACAGGGGAGAAGCCGUAUAAAUGCAUGGAGUGUGGAAAGACCUUUGCUCAAAGAGGUCAUCUUAUUCGCCAUAAGAUGAUCCACACAGGGGAGAAGCCGUAUAAAUGCAUGGAGUGUGGAAAGACCUUUACUCGUAGCAGUGAACUUACUAUGCACAAAAAGUUCCACACAGGGGAGAAGCCGUAUAAAUGCAUUGAGUGUGGAAAGACCUUUGCUCAGAGCAGUGUCCUAAGAGUACACGAAAGGCUCCACACAGGAGAGAGACCGUAUAAAUGCAUGGAGUGUGGAAAGACCUUUGCUCAAAGAAAUAAUCUUAUUUACCAUAUGAAGAUCCAUACAGGGGAAAAGCCAUAUAAAUGCAUGGAGUGUGGAAAGACCUUUGCUCAGAGCAGUGUUCUAAGAGUACACGAAAGGCUCCACACAGGGGAGAAACCAUAUGAAUGCAUGGAAUGUGGAAAGACCUUUGCUUAUAGUAAUGGACUUACUAUUCACAAAAUGACCCAUACAGGGAAAAAGCCAUUUAAAUGCAUGGAGUGUGGAAAGACUUUUGCUCAGUGCAGUUACUUAAGAAUACACAAAAGGAUCCACACAGGGGAGAAACCAUAUAAAUGUAUGGAAUGUGGCAAGGCCUUUGCUCAAAGAGGUCAUCUUAUUCGCCAUAAGAGAAUCCACACAGGGGAGAAGCCGUUUAAAUGCAUGGAGUGUGGAAAGACCUUUGCUUAUAGUAAUGGACUUACUAUUCACAAAAUGAUCCACACAGGGGAGAAACCAUAUAAAUGCUUGGAGUGUGGAAAGAUGUUUGCUCAAAGAGUUAAUCUUAUUUCCCAUAAGAGGACCCACACAGGGGAGAAGCCGUAUAAAUGCAUGGAAUGUGGAAAGAUGUUUGCUCAAAGAAGUAAUCUUAUUUCCCAUAAGAGGAUCCACACGGGAGAAGCUGUAUAAAUGCAUGGAGUGUGGGAAAACCUUUGUUUAUAAUAAUGGACUUACUAUCCACAAAAUGAUCCACACAGGGGAAAAGCCAUUUAAAUGCAUGGAAUGUGGAAAGGCCUUUGCUCGAAGAGGUAGUCUUAUUCACCAUAAGACAAUCCACACGGGAGAAACCAUAUAAAUGAACGGAGUGUGGAAAGGGCUUUGCUCAGAAAGUUAGUCUUACUUCUCAUAAAAGAAUCCACGCUCAGGAGAAACUGCAUAGCAAUAGUAAUUCCACUUAGACUUAUAUACCACUCCACGUUGCUUUACAUCACUCUUUGAGCAGUUUACAAAGUCAGCAUAUGGUCUCCAGCAAUCUGGGUCCUCAUUUUACCCACCUCAGAAGGAUGAAAGCUGAAUCAACCGUGACCCUGUCAGAAUCAAACUUCUGGCUGUGGGCAAUUAGCCUAUAGUACUGUAUUCUAUCCACUGAUCUACCACGUCUCUAUAGAUUUUCAUCUGUAUGCAUAUUGUGCUUUCCUGAUCCAAAGGAGACAAGGUAGAAUCCAGCAAAAUGAAAUUUAAUGUGGAGAAAAGUAACCUUUUACACCUGGGCAGGAAAAACAGAUUACCUGAAACCUGGCUCGAAAAUAGUAACUGUGAAGGGUCCUUGGAGUUGGAAUGGAUGAUCAAUUAAGCAUGAAUCACCUCUGUGCAGCAGCAGCCAAAAAAGCAAAUACAAUCCUUGGUUGUAUAAACAGAGGCAUAGAAUCAAAAUCACAUGAAGUAUUACUACCGCUCCAUAAAGCCUUAGUAAGACCACACCUGGAAUACUGCAUCCCGUUUGGGUCAUCAUGUUACAAAAAAGAUGUUGAAACUUUGGAAAAAGUGCAAAGAAGAGCAGCUAAGUUGAUUAAAGGCCAAAAGAUUAAAGGCUAAAAGAAGAAUGGUUAUAGGAACUGGGCAUGGUUAGUCUAGUGAAGAGAAGGACCAGUGGGGACAGGAUAGCAGUGUUCCAAUAUUUGAGGGGCUGCCACAGAGAAGAGGGGGUCAAACUAUUUUUCAAGGCACCUGAAGGCCAGACAAGGAAUAAUGGAUGGAAACCUAUCAAGGAGCGAUUCUACCUAGAAAUAAAGACAAAUUUUCUGACAGAACAAUCAACCAAUGGAAGAGCUUGCCUUCAGAGGUUGUGGGCAGUUCAUUGCUGGUGGCUUUGAAGAAGAGAUUGUACUGUCAUUUGUCAGAAAUAGUGUAGGGUCUCCUGCUUGGGUGGGGGAUUGGAUGAGAUGAACGACAAGGUCCGUUCCAAGUCUGUUAACGUAAUAUCUAAUUUUUUCCCCAAACCAACAGAGGGCAAAAUAAGGAACAAAUGGAUGGAAACUAAUCAAGGAGAGAAGCAACUUGGAACUUUCUUACACUGAGGACAAUUCACCAGUGGAACAGCUUGCCUUCAGAUAGCGUGGGUGCUUCUUCACUGGACAUUUUUAAGAAGAGACUGGACAGUCACUUUCUGAAAUGAUAUAGGAUCUCCUGCUUGGGCGGGGGGUUGGACUAGAAGAGCUCCAAGUUCCCUUCCAGCUCUAUUCUGAUUUUGAUUUGGAAUCCUCAAUCCAUUCUGGUGCUUUUUUGCUAAGUAGGAGGUUUUAAAAGAAAGAUGAGUAUCAGUGGAGAUUAAGGUUAUCGUUUGCCCUCAAAGUGAUGUGUGGAUGCCAAUAUUUAAAUGGUACAUUUCAAGUAACUCCCUCUGAUGAGUAUAUCCACUAGAGCAGAGUUGCAGGCAGAAAUGCAAUUAGUCCUGAAUCCCGUACUAUUGUUUCAGCUUUUCUUCCUUUGCUUACUAUUAUCACAGUCUGCCUUUCCACCGUUUCACUUUAUGCAAGUAAUAACUGAGAAAGGAAACCAUAAGGAAAGGGGGGUUAUAGUGAUGCUGAAUUAGAAAAUGCAACUCAUAGGCUCUUUCUCCUUAUUUUGUGGUGAUCUUUCCUUGCCUUCCCUCGUGUUGCCCAUCUCUGGAUUCAUACAAUCUUAUCAAUACCUUUUUUAAAGUGAGGUCUCCAGAACUGGACUCAGUAUUCCAAAUGGAAUCUCACUAAAGCCCUAUGUAGAGGGAUAGGAGCUCCUUUUUGCUGAUGGUGAUACAUCUGGUGAUGCAUCUCAAAAUUUUGUUUGCCUUCGUAGCUGCCUGGCCACACUGCUUACUUAUGUUGCAGUUAUCCUUGUUUCAGUGCCAUGGCAACUACUUUCACAGUGUUGUGUAAAAGAAGGGAAGAGAAAGCAGUGAUAGGGAUAUGUGGAUGCAUAUUAAGUUCCCAUAGGUAGGCAGCCUGCUGGCCAACCCAGGCAGUCCCUGAUUUACAAUAAUUUAUUAAGUAACCAUUUGAAGUUACAAUGGCAAUAAAUGAUGGCUCUGACCUCCUCCCUCCCUCCCAAAUUAGGCCUACUCCAGGAUAUCAGAAUGAAAACCAUUCUGGUGUGCUAACAUUGCAAAGGAUCAAUCAAGAAGGAAGAUCUUUCGAAAGCAACGAGGUCCAAAAUAUCAUGAAAAUAAGAACUACAAAAAUUACUUCAGUCCUUCCUGAUGAAACACACAGAAAGGUGAAUGGGAAGUUUCUCUGGGAUGUCCAGAUACCAAAAAUAAUCCAGCCUGCCAACAAAGUAGAAAAUGUGUAGCUCAUGGUUGAAAUGAGGGGCCCUUGGUGGUCUCUGAGCUUGAUUGUGUUGUUGUAGACCUUUCAUUAGCCAAACGAGGGAAGAUCCUCAGUGCACCAACCAACCUCAGAGGGCACCAAGGACCCCUCAAUCCAACUUGCAUCCACUAUGUCAAAUUAAUAUCUGUGUCAACCAGGAUGAAUGCAGAAGCAAGGAACCUUUUUUGGUCAAAGAUCUCUUAGGAUGUGAUGGAAUAAUGACAAUUGUCUUUCAAGCAAGGGGCCAGAAUGAACAGAAGCUGAAACAAAUGCACAGGCAAAAGAUGUUUUUCAACCAUUAGGACUUGGUUUUUCCUCAUCAUAGUUUAGCUUUCUAUUCCUUUUUCAGGAUCUUCCUUUUCUUUCAUCAGAAGAGACCGGAGGGAUCCCUGCCCUUUCUUCUCCCCCAUUUGCUGAGAGGCUGAGUGAAUUGUUUGGGAAGGGCAGCUGCAUGUAUUGAAUUAAAGAAAUAAAUUAAAAUCAUUUCCCGGA